CUUCGGCUCGACUCAUAAUUAAAGAGAGACGUUUCGCGCCUUGUUGUUGUUGAUUUGAUUCAUAUCAAAUCAAAUAUGGCGGGUCAUAAGCUUCGAGACAUGGCGGGAAAGGAUUUUGAUGAAGAAUUUGAGAAGUUUAUGAACGAGCCAAUGUCUGAUGACUCCCACUCAGUGAUGUCUCCUCGACAUAAAAGAGGACAAGGCAUUGAAAGAUCACAAACAAUAGAGUCAGUGAAGGCAUCUGAUGAGUUCUCUCUACCUGACACAAGAAGUUUUGACAAAUCUCCUUCUCCAGUUGAAAAGAGGCCAUAUGAUAGCAUUACUGAAGAAAAUGAAUCAUAUUCAGUCAAAUAUGAAAAAGACAAUGAUAAUGAAGAUAGCAAGGUGCUGUCAGCAUUAAAAACACAGGAUGAUGUCAAAAUCAGUAAAGACAGCCUAGAACAUGGGUUCAUCAAUGAGAGUUACUCUGCAGCUGAAACAAGUAAAACUGAUACAAUGCAAUUAGUGAAUAAGUAUGCAGACCAAACUCUUCAUGGAAUGGACACUCUAGAAGAAAUGGCUGACAAAGAACAGUUUUUUCGCAAACUUGCUGCUGACGUUUCUGGCACCUUGGACUUCAGCCAGCUAAACAAAGCAUUGGAUGAGACAAACUCAGAUAAGGAGGCAAGUGAUGACAUGGCGGCUUCAGGACCAGACAUAACUUCAACAGCAAGACAUGAUAUCCACGCAAGCAAAGAAGUCAAUCGUUUAUCAGGACUGCAACAAAAUGACGAAUUUAUGCGGUCCACUGGGCCAAAAAAUUACGAGGAAGAGCAAAUGGUUCUACAGGGAGGAACAUUGAAAGGUGCAAGUAAUCGUUUUCUCGCCAAAGUUGAUCUGAUGGAUUCGCUGGCAUCUUCGGCUGUAAUCAAUAAUGCCACAGUUUCGUCCGGAAAUAUCGAGCAACCAGGUCUUAUAGAGAUAGAAGGACUGGGUGCAGAGAAAGAUGGAAUUCAUUCCAACGAAGCAAGUAAACGUUCUGACGAAGAAGGCAUUAGAGAUCUUGAUGAAGAAAAGUCAUGUGAUUCUAGACUGUCGGGUUACAGUAGUGAUUCACCGCCUUCAGAAAGUUUGAGAAGCAUAAAGGAAAUCGCAAAGGUUCGCAUCGAAAAAGCUAAAGAAAAGGCGCUAGUUAAACCUCCGGAAAGCAUGUCUUCGGAGGUUGGUUCUGGCAAAUCAAGAAGUAAUUCAAAGAAAUAUGCUAGAAGAGAUCUAUCCCAGGAUUCUAGGAACUCUUCUUCAGGACUGAGUGGCAAGAGUGAAAAGCUUAUGAAAUCAAAUGAAAUUCGCAAAAGAACUUUAAAAGGAUCAGUGUCUUCUGCAAAUUCAUCAAGAAAGGGAAGUAUGGACGGUGACCUGGCUUUUGAUUCGACGAAUAAAUCCAGUCAGCCGACAAAAGCUAAAUCAAGUUUUUCGAGAUUGCCAUCAGGAAAAAGAUCGGAGAACAUUUCAAGCGAUUUGUCACGGCUCCCCAGAUUUAAAAAGCAAUCGCUGCACGAGGGAGAAGCGCUUUCAACAAGAAUCGCAGAAAUAACGCGAGAACGUCAGCUACAGACAGAACUAUACGAGCUUCGAGCCGAGUUCAAUAAAUUAUUGGACGAGAAUGAGCAAUUGCAUAAAGAGGUUGAUAAAUUGAAACGAGUCUCAAAUGAAAAGGAGAUCAGACUGCGUCAAGAAUUCGAAACAGAAAUGCUACAGCAAAAGGUUGCAACAUUGGAAAAGCAGCUGAAAAAGGCACAAGAGUUGAGAAUCAGGCGAGAUAGUGAUGAUGAUAUAAAUGAGGGAGCAUCAAAAGAAAUAGAGCGAUUGCGGAAGGAAAUCAAAGAGCAAGAGUUGUUAUUGAAUGGCUAUCAGUUAGAAAAUGAAAGACUUUUUCAAGAAAUGAAGAAGAAGGAAAGCGAGAAGAAAACCUCACAGUCAAAUUUAAUUGAAGAGAAUCGAAGGCUGAAAAGUGCUAUGGCGGAGAAUGAGCUGAAGCGUGACCGGCUAUCGAAGCAAGUUGAAGAGCUACAUCGUGAGAUCGAGCAAUUGAAAGCUGCCAGAACCAAGGGGCGAAAUGUCUCGUCAAAUGAAUUUGUAGAGAAGCUAAAAUCGGCUGAAAGUGAAAAUGUGAUGUUGCGCAAGGAAAUUUCGGCCUUGAAAGGGAAGACAGAUAAUGACCAUCACCUGAUCAAGGAUCUAGAGAGACAAAGAAACGAAAUGGAAAAGAUUAUUAAACGUCGAUAUCCAGAUGGAGUACCAGACCUGCUGCAAGACUCACGAAACGAACAAAGACAUAACGAAGAUAGUGCAUCGAGAGCGAUUAAUUUCCUUGAAAGUAAGUUGAAACGUCUUGAAAAAGAACUCGACAAUAAGGACGAGGAGACCAGCAGGCUUUUGUGCAAUGCUGAACUAAGAUACAAAGACAUGGCAAAAAAAUAUGAAGGGCAUAUAGAGGAUUUGCAAAAGCAACUCAUUGAAAUGAAAAGAAAAAAGUCCCCCAGCAGAGGUGCAGUAGCCAAAGAGGAGAGGGUACGAGGUUUUACUCCUGGAGACGAAAGAAAAGACUUUGAAGCUGAAAAGUCGAACAGAAAGGAAGAUAAAGAGAGAAAACGCCGCAGGAAAGAGGAAAUUGAUUUACUUCAAACCAGUGAGAGAAUGGAGACCGACAGGAUUAGGGGAAUAGAAAAGGAUAAUUUUGAUAUGAAAUUAGCUAUAGAAGAUUUACGAAUGAAUUCUGAGAAUGAUAUGGCGAGACAUUUAACUAUAAAGGCACGUAUGGAAGAGGAGUUCAAUCGGAUUCGUUUAGACUGUAGGGCAGAAAUUGAAGACAUGAAAUUAAGCAAUUUGAAAGAACUGAAUAGGUUAGAAAGUGAAAAAACUGAGAUAGAAAAUUUAGUGAAAAAUUUGCAAAAAGAUAACACAAAGCUGCAAAGAAAUGUUGCUGAUCAAGAUAUGAUUAUUGAGAAACUGAAGCAAAAGCUUUCACAGUCAGGUGUCGAUAAAGAGCUUCUACAUGCUGCAAAGGUCAAAGAGGAAGUUUUGAAUAACAAAGUAGAAGCUUUAAAAAAAGAACUUGAUGGUGCGCUUGAGUGCCAGCCUCUUGAACAGCAGCGCUUUAGGGUUUUGGAAAUGAAAAUCGCAAGCAUGCAACAAAGGCAAACGGACAGGGAGGGUGAACUGCGGAGUCUCCUUCGCAAGGUCGAACCGAUGUUUGUACCAGGUGGGCAAGAUUCACACUGGCGAAAGAUUGUCAAGAGAAGAAUGAGCAAAUCAAGCAGUUUAGGGAAGAACUGGAUUCAAUUUUAGAUGUAUUGAAACAUUUGAUGCGAAAUGAGUCAGUUCAGCUCUGACAAAUGUAUAAUAUCCUCGGAGAUAUCUAUGCGACCCUUAUAAAUGUAAAUAUAUUUAAAUGCCAGUAUUCAUAGAUUAUCAAAGUGAAAAAUCGAGAUAUUGAAAAUUUAUAAACAAGGAAAUAUGAAUUGCCUUUAUUA